GGAUAUUUGUGAUCUCUGUGGCGACAACACACGGCACUCGACCAGCGACAAGAACCAUGAUCAAGUUCGUGCUGAUGGUGAACAAGCAAGGCCAGACACGCCUUGCGCAGUACUACGACUUCCUCCCUAUUGCGGAGCGCGUGGCGCUGGAAGCAGAAAUCAUCCGCAAGUGCUUGGGCCGCAACGAAAACCAGUGCUCGUUCGUCGAGUACCGUGGGUACAAGGUCAUCUACCGCCGAUACGCGUCGCUCUUCUUCAUCGUGGGCGUCAACAACGACGACUCGGACAACGAACUCGGCAUUCUCGAGUUCAUCCACGCGCUCGUCGAGACCAUGGACAAGUACUUUGAAAGCGUGUGCGAAUUGGAUAUCAUGUUCAACCUGGAAAAGGCACACUUUAUCCUGGACGAGAUGAUCAUGAACGGACAGAUCGUCGAAACCAACAAACUUUCGAUCCUCAAGCCGAUCCACCUCAUGGAAAAGUCUUCGUAGCCUGCCAACUCGAUCUCCCUCGUCCCCAUGCUUCGUCCAGACUAAGCACCACCAAACGCGACAUUUCCAUGCUUGUUGCGUGAUAAGUUACCAGAGAUUCAGUCUCCCUCUAUCCUAGUCGAGCAGGGUGUAAAACAGCAAGUAGCCCGUUGCCGUG